CGAGAAGCGCGUGAGGCGCGAGAGCUUGCAGACGCUCAGCGGGAGAAGGAGAAGCAAGCCGCGGCGAAGCGGCAGAAGCGCAGCGCAGAUGACGCUGGCAAGGGUGGCCGUCCUGCCAAGGCCAGUGACCCUGACAGUGACAGUGACGGCGAUGGCGACGACGACGCUGUGACUGCCAGCCAGCGGGCUCCCGCUCCUCCGACUAUCAAGACCGCAGCCCCUGCCAAGCCUGACACCAAGGAUGCCGACCCCGCACCCAGCAAGCCGCCGAACAAGACGCGCGGCAAGGGCGCCGCACCCACAACCGCUGGGGCUGCAACACAGCCAGCGGCAACUGCGGCGGCCGCGGCUGCUGCGACCAAGGGAAGUGGCCGCAGCCGAAAGGCUGAGGAGCCGCCAGCCGCCGGGCCCAGCGGUACGGGCAAGGCGCAGGCAGCGAAAGCCAUGCCGCCCCCUCCGCCACCCGCAGCCAACAAGGCACGCAAGGCGCCCGAGCCGCCACCUCGCUUCCCCGCCAGCACCGCCGCCACCACCACCACCACUGUCACUGUUGCUGCGGCGGCGGCCCGCAAGGCUACUGCCGCCGUCCCCAAGCGCCCAUCCAUGGAUGAGUUCGCGGACCUGCAGACGGAGAGCGAGAUGGACGAGCCCAGCCAGAGCCAGGGCACCACGGUGAUGGGGAACCUGGCCAAGCGGCAGAAGACGGGCGCCGAUACCUCCCUGCCGGCUCCCUCGCAACCGGUGACCAAGGGCGGCCGCUUCUCCCUGUUCAGGGGUAUGUCGAUGUCCAUCCAGACCACCACCGUGGAGACUGGUGGCAACGAGGUCAGCUCUGGAGCCGGCGGUGUUGUGCGCCGUAAGGGCGCUGCAGCCCAGAAGGCCCCCA